GUGCUCUUUGACUCUGGACAGCAGGAAGUAAACAGGAAACGCAAACCGGCGAUAAUAAAAAUAACGGACUAACAAAUACCUCUGUGUCAGUAGAAGUCAUGGAGGAAUAUAACCCUGGAGAUGAGGUUGCCUUCAAUGCCGAUGAGGUCAAUAUCUCAAUUAAAGAGUGUGUGGAAGGUGUUAUUGGUGGAACAGAUUACAACCAGAAUAAAGUGAACCAGUGGACGGCCAGUAUCGUGGAGCACUCUCUGACUCACCUGGUGAAACAGGGGCGGCCGUUCAAAUACAUAGUAAACUGUGCGAUCAUGCAGAAGAGCGGCGCUGGUCUCCACACAGCCAACUCCUGCUACUGGGACACUACCACUGAUGGAAGCUGCACAGCCCGGUGGGAGAACCGCACCAUGUACUGUGUGGUCAGUGUGUUUGCUGUUGCUGUGACGCUGUGAGCUGCUUUCUCUCCGCCAUGUGUGAAGCUUGAAAUGGCACCGUGACCAAGAAGAUCCUCUGAUGAUGUUUGUAGAGUAUUUCUCCCCACAGGCUGAAACAACCGCACGCUAUGAUAAAGAGUCGUGGUUUUAGUCCACGGCAUUUCUCUGAGAAAAUGUGGAAUUCUAGAGACCUGGUGACCUCAAACAUUCAUGUACUUUGAUUAGACGGCCAGUCUUCGGAAGUGAAAACUAAAUAUUUUCUCUCUUUAUGUCCGAAAUGUUGUUAUCUGUGCAUAAUGUAAAACUUUAAUAGUUUAUAGCCAUGCCACCAUGAAGGCUCUGGGGAUGGCAGUGUCCAUUUUUGGAGUAAAUGUAAUGAAAUGUGCUAAACACACAUUCAAAUCCUCCUCAGGAUACACUGCAAUACUGUAAUGCUUAAGAAGAGCCGCACAGAGCUGCUAACAUGGCGGUAGACUCUUCAUCUCGUCUUCAUUCCUCUUCUUCAGUACAUUCCCAAAUAAAACAGAUGCCGUCUAGAAAUGUGUUAUUGAAGAAAAUGCUAAAUAGCUACCUGACGUCUUGUAUAAAGUGGCUCUACUAGUCUGCAUUAAUGUUUUAAGGAUUUCAAUUUAUUUAUAUUUAUUGCAGAUAUGCGUGUGCAUUUUUCAGUAUGAUGGAGUUUAAUGGUCAAAGCGACUAAUGCACUUUUCCUGGAAUUAUUCCGUAGAAAUCCUGAAAUUCUUCUGUAAAAUUGAGUUAAUGAAGGCUGUGUAAUAAAUAAAUGUAUUGUAACAUCUA